AUGGAAGAGAAAAUAUAUCAAGCCAGACCUGGGCGGCUUCGCGGAGCAGUCGAGGCGUUCGCAACAAGACAUAUUAGCAUGGUGACUUCACCUGCUUCCUCGAAUAAUCCUGAUAGUCGCAUAGAUGCCCAAGAAGCGAGUACCUCAUCGGGACAGCGCCGAACACGCUUCACGCCCACAGUUCCAUCAGAUAGACGCCGCAAACAACGUUACUCACUUGAUAGUCGCGACGUUGAACCCGAACGUUUCUGUAAUGUUGAGCAGCUCAUGGGUUGCGAAAAAAAAAGAUUUGGUACUAAAACCGGCGCCGAGCUUAUGCAGAGUGCACAUGAGGCUAUGCGUCCUGGUCCAGAGCUUGUUCGUGAUUCAACUAACUCCAGAUAUUCUUAUCCUUUCAAUAGUCACAGUGGAGGUGACGAUGACAAUCCUAUUGCUACGCCGCUUGACUCCAGUGUUUCCUUUCUCGUCACUGAACCUUUGCUAGGAUCAAAGAUGGAACGAAAAUUGCUAGGAAUGGAACUCGAGCAAAAAGACAAUCAGAUCUCAGGUGAAUGUCCAACGGAUCUUCCCAUUGUACUAAAAAAUGGUUGCAUCAAAUGUGAAGAUGUUGCGGCGUCCAAAGAAAGUGUUCAUCAACUUAUUUCGUCCACUGGUCCUGGCAAGUUUUUGUUCUUGCAGCUCCCUAAUGACCUCCCCCUUGUGUCACGUGGCGAGUCCCAGAUCCUUGAAAAUCCCCUAUGCGACAAACGUGAAACGUAUGCGCACGAGGCAGGGAAAUUUUCAGAAAAAUUGGAAGGGGAGCUCUGUGAGCUUGUUAUUUAUGAUGAUGGAGCUGCACAGCUCAACAUAGGGCAGGGCAGAUUUGACGUGGUUCAUGGAACCGUGUUUUUCAACAGUGAAAUACUAGCAUGCAUUGACCAAGAAAACGCAAAGUGCGCGUUUCUUGGGGAAAUGUGCGGUCGACUCGUGUGUAUCCCCGAUAGAUCCACGCUCCUUGCGUAAAAAACCCCCAGAGAUAUCGUUUUUCGAGGUGCAAAUGGAAAGGAACUGUCUGAUUCUCAUGAUUGUCGUUCCCUGACGUCAACAUGACAAGGCGGGUACUGACAAAGAAAUAUCCCACAAGCGUUUAUCGCCUGGAAUGAAAAUCUUUAGAAUUAAAUUUUAUUUGUUCCAUCUAGCGGGCCUCGCUUUGAA